GCCAAUGUAGACAGCCAAUGGUCGUUGAGUAACCUACAGAAGUUCAAUUACUUGAUAACCGCUUUACGAGGUGACGCACGCGAAUUGAUCAAAAGAUACCCAGUAACGGGAGAGAACUAUGCCCUUGCCAUCGAUCUUUUGAAAAAGAAAUAUGGCAACACUUCGCGCCUUAUCACCGCUUUGCAAGCUCGCUUAGACCACGCGAAAGCAGAACAGUCAUCGGUGCAAGCGCAAAGGGCACUCUUGGAGACAAUCACACCGAUUGUGAUUCAACUCCAAAAACUAGGGGUUGUAUUAGACGGAUCAUACAACGCCCAAAAGGUGCUCGCCAAGUUCGCAGUCCGCAUACAGCGGAAAGUACUGGAACACAUAGUGACACCAGAAAUGGAGGAAAGUCGUUGGAAUAUGACGACUAUAAUUGAAACAAUUGAUGCUCAUAUUAGCACUGAGGAACAGAUAAAUGAAAUGGUCAGCAAGCGGGAUAUAGCCACUGAUAAGAGCGCAAUGAUGGGAACAAGAAACUCCUUAGUUACGCGGAAGGCAUAUAUGAACACGCUUGACGAACUACAACGUCUACGCCGAAUUUUCGAAGCCAUCCCACCCCUUCCUGAUGCCACGACGCUUUACAACAAGAUUCUACACGGAAGUAUUCAACUCCGCAUCACAACGCGUUCAAUGAGUGACCUGUUUGAGCGCAUUAGAACCUUGCAAAAUAGUCAAGAAAGUCUUAGAGAUAGAUCGCUCCAACUGCAGAUCAUCGAAGCCUUAUGUGAAAAAAUGCAUAUGGCAUUUAUGGCCAUUUUCAUUGCCAAGAUCGGAACUCCGUACGCUUUCAACCCGUAG